AUGGUGGUGAUGGUGGAUGAUGACGGUGAUGGUGGUGAUGAUGUUGAUGGUGGUGAUAGUGAUGAUGGUGAUGGUGAUGAUGACAGCGAUGAUGGUGAUGACUGGGAUGAUGGUGAUGAUGGUGAUGGUGGUGCUGAUGUUGAUGGUGAUGACCCUGAUGAUGGUGAUAAUGACUGUGAUGAUGUUGAUGGUGGUGAUGUGGUAAUGGUGAUGAUGAUGAUGAUGGUGAUGGUGAUGACCCUGAUGAUGGUGAUGACUGUGAUGAUGUUGGUGAUGGUGAUGGUAAAUGACUCUGAUGAUGGUGGUGAUGUUGAUGGUGGUGAUGAUGUUAAUGGUGGUAAUGGUGAUGUUGAUGGUGGUGAUGGUGAUG